AUGCCUCCCAUUGUCUCCCGCCGCGACCGGACACCCCGAGGCCUAGUCCCUAUAAACCCUAAUCACAACUUCGCCUUAGACAUAGCUUCCAACGCCAUGCUCGAGCUCGGUUCCAGCCACCCCUUCACCACCGUCCAUCGUCCCCGUUUCUGCUCUUUCGUCCCCGACGCUCAAAUGCUAUUCAACGUCCUCGGAAUCUGCGAUCAGCUCAUGAGCACAACUCCACAGUUUCUCCGAUCUUCUCCUUCCUGGCUCCCAAUCGUCUCCCACCUCUACAUCUCUCUCCUCUGGAACUUCACAAUCCUCCGCAAUUUCGUAGAUUCCAAACUAAAAAUCGAAACUUCCGUUCAAUACGUUCAGAUCUUAAAAGACCUCGAAUUCGUCAAUCGAUGUGUAAUCCCUGGACCUUUAGUCCCUUUCUUCCAAUCACUAGCUUCCUUUAAUGGCCGUCUCCACGACAUAUCUCCGAUCAUACCUGACUUCAACGAUCUCUGGAACGCUUCCGGGUUUCACCCAAACUCCGAUUACGCAAGACAGAUCCCUAUACCUGUCAUCAUCCUCGACCAGCUUUACCACUUCGCCACUUACAACAACGAAGAAGAAGACGACGAAGAUUGCUUUAACUUUCUAUGGUACAGUAACAUCUUCUCUCAGAGCAUCGGCGUUCACAACAAGCUUAACCGCAUCGGUCCACAGCUCUGCGGUUCGUUAUUCGCACCGCGUCAGCAAUCCGCCGCCGCUCGAGCUUUCUGGAGCUCCGCCUUCGAAUCCGGACUCGGAUUCACACGUGUCGACGCAAAGGAAGCUCCUUUCACGUCGAUCGAUAACCUCCUCGGAUUCAAAAGGGAUUGGAGAAGAAGCCGAAAAGUACGCUCUUGUGGCUCACACUAA